AUUGGCUCCACCCUCGAUUAUUCUGCCCUGGACCGCAUUCAGCGAAGAGAGGCAGCAGGCGGACACAAACCCCACUUUUUCAAUACCCUUCUGAGAGGAAUUUUAAACUGUUUGCAACAGGAUAAUGUCUUCAAAAGUCUUCGACGUGUUUUGGUAGAAAGCAGAGACCGUAAAUUCCUGAAGAGGUUAAUUUAACGGAACGGCGCGGAGAGUGUAUAACUUUGGAAACUGAGUUUACAAAGCGUUCCCACACACAACUAUGGCGCUGAGAGCGAGAGCUUUAUACGACUUUAUCUCUGAAAAUCCCGGCGAGAUCUCUGUGAUAGAGAAUGAACUCCUAACUUUGAGUAGUGAAGAGGUUGUCGAUGGUUGGUUGGAGGGCACGAACACCAGAGGUGAGACGGGACUCUUCCCUGCAUCAUACGUGGAGAUUAUUAGGACUGACACAUCACUACAGGAUAACGGCACAUCCGCUAGUCAGGACUAUUACUACCAAAAUAGUCCUCAGAGGAGGGACACCUCAAACGAGUCAACACCCACGCAUUCCGCUGUUUACCAGGGACAUAUUAAACAACGGCGACUCAGUAUUCAGACGAGCCAAGGAAGCGAUGAGGAUUGGGACGAUGACUGGGAUGACAGCGUGACGUCGGAGGAACGCGGAGGAACACCUGAAAAACGCGGGAAUACUCAACCGACCAGCACAAACACCUCGGUGUCUCGACGUGGUAGUAGUACGCAACAGUCCAAAAGCACAGGAACAGUUGGAAAAAAUCUCAAUAGGUUUUCAACCUUCGUAAAGUCAGGCGGCGAGGCUUUUGUUUUGGGUGAAGCUUCAGGUUUGGUCAGAGAUGGAGACAAAAUAUUCGUGGAUAUGGGUCAAUACGGUCCGGAAUGGCAAGAUAACCCAAAUCCAUUCACUUGCACUAUCGAUGACCCUACAAAACAGACCAAAUUCAAAGGCAUGAAGAGCUAUAUGUCCUAUGGACUCACACCUAGUCAUACUCAAAGCCAGGUGAAUAGAAGAUACAAGCACUUUGACUGGCUUUAUGCGCGACUUGUGGAAAAGUUCCCUGUCAUUUCGGUCCCUCACUUGCCAGAAAAACAAGCCACAGGUCGAUUUGAAGAGGAUUUCAUUUCUAAGAGGAGGAAAGGUUUAAUAUGGUGGAUGAAUCACAUGACGAGUCAUCCUAUUUUAUCCAAGUGUGACGUUUUCCAGCAUUUCCUCACCUGCAGCAGCAAUGACGAAAAAGCCUGGAAGCAAGGCAAGCGAAAAGCCGAGAAGGACCACUUAGUCGGCGCUAACUUCUUCCUCACUAUCUGUCCUCCAGCUUUACCGCUCGACUUACAAGAGGUGGAAAGCAACAUAGAUGGUUUCAAAACGUUCACCAAAAAAAUGGAUGAAAACCUCAUACAGGUCAAUGUCACAAUUAACGAAUUUGCCAGAAAGCAGAUCACUGGUUUUAAAAAGGAAUAUCAGAGAGUUGGACAAGCUUUCAGACUUUUAAGUCAGGCCUUUGAGUUCGACCAGCAAGUAUACUCCGUUCCGUUAAACAAGGCCAUGGUACACACUGGAGAAGUCUACGAGACCAUUGGGGAUUACUUUGCAGAGCAGCCCCGUCAGGAUUUGGAUCCAAUUUCCGAUCUUUUAGCGAUUUACCAGGGACACCUUGCAAACUUUCCAGACAUUAUCCAUGUUCAGAAAGGAGCCCUCACUAAGGCCAAGGAGAGCCAGAAACACGGGGAGGAGAAAGAUGGCACUGCAGGUGGAGGCAUCAAUGACCGCUGCAACAUCAUCUCCUGCGCUACGCUAGCUGAGAUCCAACACUUUCAUCGCAUACGUGUGCGGGAUUUCAAGGCACAGAUGCAAUAUUUCUUACAGCAGCAGAUCAGCUUCUUUCAGAAAAUCACAGGCAAGUUGGAGGAAGCCCUGGACAUGUAUGAUCAGGCUUAAGAAGUCAAAUGGCCAGAACUGAAAUGAAACACAAAUAAGCAGCCUUUUUACUAUAGAUUCAUGAAAAUACAGUUACUGUGUUGUAGGAGUGUUUGGGGUGGCUUUGCGUUACAAACAAAAAAUAAUGAUGAAAACUUACCAGAAAUUUGACAAUGGUCCUUAGAAUGUUGACUACGUUGUUAUUAAGUAAAAUCAUAUAAUCUGAUUAUACAUAACAGUCCUAAUUGGUUUCAGUUGUCCUGAAACCCUUGAAACAUAACCACAAUUUGAAGUUUACAUGGCUUAGUAGCUACAGUUGAUAUAAACAACAUAGAUCUCUUACUUGUAAUUGUGUGCCUGUACUGAAAUGCUCUCUGUACUGGUAUGGACUCAUUCCUUGGACUCACUAUGAACUCUGGUGAUGCUAAAUACGAGUAGAUUUGAAGGCAUUUGUGUCUUUUGAACAGUCUUCUGAUUCUGCUGAAUUCUAUUACAGAUAUAAAGACACAUUAUGCAUUUAAAUGA